ACAUCCCUGUAGCGACCAUGUGUAUCCACCACUGUGUACAACGCGUUAUUCGUGAAUAUUUAUAAAUACGGUCCCUAGACUUGAAGUGUAAAGACUGACUUUACGUACGCAAAUUAAUCCAGCGUGAAUCUCCUGCUCUUCUUCGCUCGCUUCAUCUGAAACUCCAGCUCUCAUCGUGUGGCAGCAGGUUUCCCGAUGAUGGCUUGACAACGUGACAUGUUUACAGUCCGACCCGCGGUCAGUGCCUUAGUUAAACACUCACAAACGAUACAGACAAGAGGUGGUUUUUAUAAUCUCUGUUGCACGAUGACUGAAUCACCAAAAGACGAAAACACAGCCAAGCUGCUGAAAAGAGCCAACGAGGCAAAUGGAGACUCGUCUGAGAGGCUACAGGCUGCAAAGAGAUUGAAAACAGAAGGGGAGCAGGCUGACGAUGAGAAGAAAUAUCCUAAAAAGAAAGUGGUGCUUCUCUUGGCCUACUCGGGAAAGGGCUACUAUGGCAUGCAGAGGAAUCCUGGAACCGCUGAGUUCAAGACCAUCGAGGGCGAUCUGGUCACUGCUCUUGUUAAAUCUGGCUGCAUUCCUGAAAACCACGGUGAUGACAUGAAGAAGAUGUCUUUCCAAAGAUGUGCCAGAACAGAUAAGGGUGUGUCUGCUGCCGGCCAAGUCGUGUCGCUAAAGCUGCGGCUGAUGGACGACGUCAUGGAGAAAAUCAACGAGAAUCUGGCAAAGCAGAUUAGAGUUCUAGGUCUUAAACGGGUGACCCAGGGUUUCAAUUCCAAAAACAACUGUGAUGGUCGCACUUACUCCUACAUGCUUCCAACUGUGGCCUUUGCCCCAAAAGACUUGGACACAGGGAACCCAGCAGCCUUUCGCCUCGAGCCAGGGAUAAUUCAGACAGUGAACCGUCUGUUCGCUCUGUACAAAGGAACCCACAACUUCCACAACUUCACCUCCCAGAAGGCUCCUAGCGACCCCAGCGCUCGCCGCUACAUCACCGAGAUGACCUGCGGGGAGCCGUUCAUCCGCAGCGACUCGGAGUUCGCAGAGAUCACCGUGCGAGGCCAGAGCUUCAUGAUGCACCAAAUCCGCAAGAUGAUUGGCCUGGUGAUUGCGAUAAUAAAAGGCUACGCGAAUGAGGAGGUGAUAGAGCGGAGCUGGGGACAGGGGAAGGUGGAUGUGCCCAAAGCUCCAGGACUGGGGCUGGUGCUAGAGAAGGUUCACUUUGACCGCUACAACAAGCGCUUCGGAGGGGACGGGCUGCACGAGUGCUUAGAGUGGGACGGCGAGGAGGAGCUAAUCAAGGCUUUCAAGGAGGCUCACAUCUACCCCACCAUUGUUGAGACGGAGGGCCAGGAGGGCUCCAUGGUCAGCUGGAUGGCCACACUCCCUAUCCACGACUUUGAAGGGACGGCGAGUGGUGCUCAAGACGCUAAGGACCAGAAACAGGACAAUGCAGAUGAAGGAAAUGACACAGAUUAGGUCACGUCUGCUGAAAGAGUCAUGAAAAUAUAAUUUUUUCGUUUGCUGAACUUUAGCCUUAUUUUGGUCGAAAUUUCCAUCUUCCAAGACUGAUGUUUUUUUAGUGGGUUUAAAUCUAUC